CAGAAAAAUCAGCGAAAAUGAGAGAUUUCGAAUUAUGUCAUCCUUGCUAGUGGCUCUCGAAAAAUUUUCUGGCAACACCGCUUAUACCAUAAUACCAUGCUUAAAUCAUUGUAUAAGCCUAUAUAUAUUGUAGAUUUAUACAAUGGGUUAAAUUCUCGCUGUUGAAAACAAGAGGCAGUCAUAUUGACAAUUUCACCUGGCCGGACGAACAAUGGAAGCUGAACCGGAUAACUGUCCGGGUGUGGGUACAAAAAGUGCAGGAAAGUCUAACGCUUGUGCAGGUUGCCCCAAUCAAGCAUUAUGUAGUAACCCAAAUAUCAAAUUGGAAGAUCCUAGAAAAGCUCUAGUAGCUGAGGCAAUGUGUGAAGUCAAACAAAAACUGCUCGUCCUUUCCGGCAAAGGUGGCGUUGGUAAAAGUACUGUCACCACUUUAUUAUCACGUUAUCUAUCCCGCAGAUACCCCGAACAUAAUUUUGGAGUGUUGGACGUUGAUAUCUGUGGACCAUCGCAGCCACGUUUGCUUGGUGUUGAGGGAGAAAAUGUACACCAGUCGGGUUCUGGAUGGUCACCAGUUGGUGUGGAUGACAAUUUAUGCCUUAUGUCAAUUGGCUUUCUGCUCGGUUCACAUGAUGAUGCCAUAAUUUGGCGCGGUCCUAAAAAGAAUGGCAUGAUCAAACAAUUUUUGAGUGAAGUAGAUUGGGGAAAAUUAAAUUUGCUACUAUUGGAUACACCACCUGGAACUUCAGAUGAACAUUUAAGUAUAGUGUCAUAUUUGCGAAACAAUGAGGCUCCCGAUGCCUUACAAGCUUUAAUAGUAACAACACCACAAGAAGCUUCUUUAUUGGAUGUGCGAAAAGAAAUAAAUUUUUGCAAGAAACAGAAUUUGCCUAUAUUGGGUGUGGUGGAGAAUAUGUCUGCAUUCCGUUGUAGAAGUUGUGGAGAAACGUCUGAAAUAUUUCCAGCAAAAACAGGUGGCGCAGCAGCGAUGUGUUCGGAAAUGAAUGUACCUUAUUUAGGUGCACUGCCAUUAGAUCCUGAAGUGACUAAGGCUUGUGAUUUGGGUGAAGAUAUAACUAACAUAAAUAAUUCAACUACAGAAGCUUUAGAUACUAUCUGUCAAAAGCUUGUUGAGAGUUUAAAAAUUUAAGAAGUGCAUUCAAGUUUAUAUAAAAUAAACAUAAUAGAAUAAAGAGUGAAUAAAGAUA